AUGUUGAAUGAAGAAGACGUUCUUGGCAAUGGCUUUCUCGAUCCCGACGCUUCGAGAUACUUGCUCAGCUCAACGACAUCCUCAUCUAUCAACCGGUCAUUGUCCAUGCCUUUGCAGCUAGGCAAUCCCUGGAACACCGACAGCCAGUUUGAACCUGUUGUUUCAGACCUUGGUCAGCACUCGACUACAGCUGCCGUCGAUGAUGAUAUCUUAGGUGCUGGCGUGACAGCUGCCAGUGUGCUUGUGGGUAUCGACCUUCCAGAAAUAUACAACCAUGCUUAUCUACGAGCUCGUCCCACAGGCGAACGGGUGACCCUGGAUUCAUUGGAAAAAGUAAUUGCUUUGGCUGAAUUACCACCAAGGACCGUACAAGAGAUCAUGAAUAUGGUGGUUCCAGCGGGAGCAAUGUACGUCACUCACAAUGAAUUUAAUACGGCAUUGGCACUUGCAGCAUGCGCACAAAAGAGCAUGGAGGUCUCCCUGCACAACGUGUACCAGCAUCGCAAUGACCUUCCCAGCCCUGUCCUCCUCAAUCUCGACCAGUUGGAUGUAAAGAAACGAGUAUCACAAAAACAACAUCGAUCUACAGGCGGAAAUGGAUUAUCACCAAAAAUGACUACAACAAAUACGACCACUGCUCCUGUCGAUGAUCCUUGGUCAACUACAACAACUACUACAACAACGGCUAUUCCAAACACCCCUGUUCCCAAUGGCAACCAUGGUUUACACAAAGACACCACCACCACCACCAUUACGGCUACAACAGCAACACGCAACAUGGCAGUAAAAAGAACACCAUCCCACGAUUCCCUUACAUCCAGCUCUGAUGAUAGCAGUAACAGCAACAAUCAUGCCAUCCAACGUGCUUUGGCAAGUGAAUGGUUCCUGGAUUUGGACGUUGUUUCAGUUACGGUUGCCCCUGAAAGAGAAGGUUUUAUAUUCAAACACAUCAACUAUGUCGUUGAGAGCCAACAACGCUCAUCCAAGGUGUUGCGACGAUACAGCGACUUUUAUUGGUUGUGGGAGAUCUUAACACGUCGAUUCCCCAUACGUGCAGUACCCAAUUUACCACCGAAAAAAGUGGGCGGCAAGGAUGAUUCAUUCUUGGAAAAACGACGCAAAGGUCUAUUACGAUUUAUCAAUGCUGUUGUUCGACAUCCAGAAUUGAAACGCGAUGAGGUGGUGGAUCGUUUCUUGACAGAGCCAUCGGAAUUAUUAGCAUGGCGAAGAGCCAAUCCACCUGCCAAUGAUGAGGAAUUUGUGCGUGAAUCACCCAACAUCAAUGACCUCGCAGCGACGAUACCCAAAGACCUCGAUGAUCGCCUCAACAAUAUCAAAGCGAGACUUCCCAAUCUUAUUGAACAUUACAGCGCCAUGUGUAACACCCUCGAUCGCCAAAUACGAUGGAGUGAAAUGCAAGCUAGAGAAUUGACACGAUACAGCAUCACCUUAAAUGCCAUGAGCGAUCUUGAAGGAGAAUGCUAUGUAUCGGGAUGUCAAUCAUGCACCCAAGUCGCACGUGGUUACGAUGCUGUUGCCAAGCACAUGCAGCGUGCAGGAUCCAUCCUUGACGACCAAUCCUUGACAACAAGUAACGGUGUAUUGGAAAAUCUAAAGCGUCAUCGAGAUCACUUUUUAUCAUUCAAGGAGAUGUUGGAACGUAAAGAGAAACUUCAAAUCAAUCAAAUCGAUAGUCUUUCCAAAAAGAUCCAAGCCAAUCGAGCCAAGGUGAAUCAAAAUCGUGGUGUUCCUGGCCUUGAGGCAGAGGUGGAGCGAUUGGAUAAUGCCAUUGCAUCGGAUCAAGCUAAAUUGAUAUACCAACAAGAGCGUGAUACCCACAUUCGAUAUUGCGUGGCAUCCGAAUUAUCCUAUAUUCACAAGCAACAAGCAUUCAUUUCACACAUGUACCAAAACUACGUCGCCGAGCAAUUGCAGUUUUCACGACAAUUGGGCGAUAAUUGGAAGGUCUUGCAAGGAUUAGCAUGUGAAAUGCCUAUCGAGCCUGACGAGUUUGCUUAA